AUGGUCGGCAAUCUCGAAGGUCUGAUUCAGGCCAUCGUUGGCAAAGGUCUCUAUGAGCAGUACACACAGCGUCAAAUAGCGGGCGAGGUAUAUGCAAGAUCCCACUUGGCAUGUGGUCAAAGAUACGCCCAAACGCCUCAAACACGGGCCCUGCCACAUGCUUCGUUGUUACGUGCCUCGCCUACGUUAUGCAGGAGUGACGCAGCCGACACUCCACCAACAGAUGUUUCUGCCCCCAAGAGCGCAUCAACUACAUCAUCUUCGAAGAGUCGACCGUCAUCAACCACCACAUUGGGACGGAGUCCACUCCUGAGACCGAUCGAGCCCGCCUUGAUGCCAGAGUACAAUAUCGUACAUAAACACUGUUCUCAAAUUACUGGAGAUCUCGAACCUGGUAACCCGUAUAUCAUGCAAUCUUAUGAAUACGGUCCUCUCGACAUCGGCCCAGCUAUAGGGUUCCAAGCCCCGACAACCCAUCGGCGAAUCCGUGCACCCCCACGAAAAGUCACUGACUUGGAAAGCUUACCACCCUUGAGCUCAGAAGUAGCGGCAGAAAUCGCACGUAGAGUGAAGGUUCGAGAGCAAGCAGGCGUAUUUGCAGGUAUUCGAGAAGCGCAGGAAAAGGAGUCCGAAAACCAAAGAAGAGCCAAUCGAGCAGCACAAUUGAGGGUACCGCCCUAUGUAGCUCAUAUCCUCACAUCUUACAGUGCCGAAGACAUCGAAGCCGCUCUCUUAUCAGAGCCACCACAGGGACCUCUCAUACGACCAGAACGUAAGCAACUUCGAGCACAGCGUGAUCGGUACCUGGGACAGGCGGGAAACCACGCUGGUGACACACUCAAGCAAGGACACGUUCGGUGGGCACCUGAGCCGGCAUCACAGCGACGACGAGACUCAACGUUGUUAGAAAAGAAGAGUCAUGGCGGCAAACAGACCAAUUUACGGGAUGGGAGCAGAGAUUUCUGA